AAACAAUUCGUUCGACUUCUAUUUAUAGGCCACGCAUGCAUUCAGGAGCUUCCAAAAGUAAAAUUAAGCUCUCUAGCUAGCUAGCUCUCAUGGCGUCUUCGUCUCAUGCUGCUGCCACCCCGGAGACGAAGGAGCAGCUAGGCUUUGAGCCCUCGUCAUGGGGUGACUUUUUCAUCGCAUACGAGCCACCCCCACCCAAGAGGUCGGAGGAAUGGAUGAUAGCGCGAGCCGAAAAACUGAAGGGGGACGUCAGCCUGUUAUUUAAGACUUGCAACGGCACGACGACGCGAAUGUUCUUGGUGGAUACACUCCAACAUCUUGGAAUAGAUCACCACUUUGACGAGCAGAUCCAUGACUUGUUAAACGAACUCCUGGAGAGUGACUUUAGUAGCUCAUCCAGCCUCCAUGAGGUCGCUCUUCGAUUCUGUUUACUUAGAGAGAAUGGGCAUUGGGUAUCUCCAGAUGUUUUCGACAAAUACAAGGGUGAAGAUGGGAGCUUUAGAAAGGAUAUAACUAAUGAUCCAAAAGGAAUACUAUGUUUAUACAAUGCAACUCAUCUUCUCAUUCAUGGUGAGCCAAAACUGGAAGAAGCCAUGUGUUUUGCAAGGCAACAUCUUGUAUCGGUUAAUGGUAGUCUGCAAGCCCCCCUAGCUAAGCAAGUCAAACGCGCCAUUCAUAGAGCACUUCCAAGGGCGUGUAGGAGGGUGGAAGCGCUACAAUAUAUUUCAGAGUAUGAAGAAGAGGAAGGGCAUAACCAAAUUUUGUUGGAGCUAGCAAAAUUAGAUUUUAACCUUCUACAACAUGUCCACUUGAAGGAGCUCAAAGAUAUUACAGAGUGGUGGAAACAUUUUUCGGGAUUCAUCGAUCUAAGCUUUAUUCGCGACCGUUUGGUGGAAAGCUACACUUGGGCCUAUGUGUUGUACUAUGAGAAAGGCUUUGAGCUCCAGCGAAGUAUCACCACCAAGAUGAUUGUACUAAUUACCACUUUAGAUGACACGUAUGAUAUCCGUGCCACCAUAGAGGAAUGUCGAAAGCUACAUGAAGCCAUACAAAGAUGGGAUAAGACAGGCGUUUCUCUUCUACCCGAGUACCUAAAGAAGUUAUAUAUCGAGCUGUUGAGGACCUUCGAAAAUAUUGAGGUUGAAAUGCCAGUCAAUGUGAAUUAUGAUACUGCCUACCUCAAGAAAGCGAUUCAAAAUCAUGUGACUGGUUAUCUCCAAGAAGCGGAAUGGUGUCACACGAAGCAUAAGCCAAGCUUUAAAAAUCAGGUGAAUGUGACUAGCUUAACUAUAGGUGCGCCAACCGUUUGCUUGAGUAUGAUGGCUAGCAUGGAUGAUACCAUAAUGAAAAGAGCACUUGAGUGGGUAGCCGGUGUCCCUAAUGUCGUCAUAGGAGCAGGAAAGAUUGUGCGUUUCAUGAACGACAUUGCAGCAUAUGAGAACCGAAAGUGCAAGGGGGAUGCGGCAAGCUCCGUGGAGUGUUACAUCCAUGAGUAUGGCGUCACAGGCGAGGUUGCCAUCGCAAGGAUAUAUGAACUGAUUGAAGAUGAAUGGAGAACUCUAAACAAAGCUCGCUUUGAAAACCAUGCAUUGCUCCCCGCGCUGAAGCGUAUUAUCGGCUUGGCCCUUAGCACAUCAUUGUUCUAUGAUAACAGGAACGAUGUGUACACAGACAGCAAGCAUCUUCACAAAACUAUUAAGAGCCUCUUCGUAAAGCCUGUUUUGUCUGGCUAGCUAGCCACAACAGAUGAAUAAUAAAUUUUCUUAUAUAUUUUGGGUGUAUUUUAUACUUCAUACAUAUAUAAGUUUAAUCGAAAGAAAACUUUCAACAUA